AUGAGCCGCAGCACCGAGACCAUCCCGUUCCCUGGCGCCAAGUCCCCGGGCAUCACCGAUGUCACCCGACAUGCCUGGAUCACCUCGGACGACAUCGAGGCGGCGUCCUCCACGCCGCGCGGCGGGCCGUUCGAGCCGCGCGAGGACCACAACGGCGACCUCGUCACGGCCACCGAGGACCGCGACCUGAAGCGCGGCCUCGAGCAGCGCCACCUGUCCAUGCUGGGCAUCGCCGGCGCCAUUGGCACGGGCCUCUUCCUCGGCCUCGGCGGCGCCAUCCAGACCGGCGGCCCGCUCGGCGCCCUCCUCGGCUACGCCACCGUCGGCCUCAUCGUCUGCGCCGUGCAGUUCGCCCUCGGCGAGGUCUCCGCCCUGCUCCCCGUCACCGGCUCCUUCGUCCGCCACGCCGAGUUCCUCGUCGACCCCGCCCUCGGCUUCGCCAUCGGCUGGAACCUCGUCUACGGCAACAUCCUCUCCAUCCCCUCCGAGAUCACCGCCAUCUGCGUCCUGUUCGAGUUCUGGACCGACCUCAACCCCUCCGUCUUCAUCGUCGUCUUCAUCAUCCUCACCUUCGUCGUCGGCAUCGCCUUCGUCCGUGUCUUCGGCGAGGUCGAGUUCGUCUUCGCCCUCCUCAAGAUCCUCCUCGUCAUCUUCCUCAUCAUCCUCGGCCUCGUCAUCGACCUCGGCGGCGUCCCCGGCACCCCGCGCAUCGGCUUCCGCUACUGGCAGGACCCGGGGCCCUUCGUCGAGCACAUCGCCACGGGCAACUGGGGCAAGUUCCUCGGCUACUGGGGCGUCAUGACGAGCGCCGUCUUCUCCUUCGCCGGCGUCGAGUCGCUCGCCAUGGCCGCCGCCGAGACGCAGAACCCGCGCCGCGCCAUCCCCCGCGCCUGCAAGCGCGUCUUCGCGCGCAUCGUGCUCUUCUACAUGCUCGCCGUGCUCGUCGUCGGCAUGCUCGUCGCCAGCAACGACACCCGCCUCGACGACGCGUACGGCACCGCCGCGCAGAGCCCCUUCGUCAUCGCCGCCUCCGCCGCGGGCAUCCCCGCCAUCCCCAGCGUCGUGAACGCAGUCGUCAUCACCUCCGCGUGGUCCGCGUCAAACCAGAGUCUGCUCGCGGGCACCCGUGUGCUCUUCGGUCUCGCGCUCAAGGGCCAGGCGCCCAAGAUCUUCCUGCGCACGACGGCGUGGGGCACGCCGUACAUGUGCGUGCUGCUGUUCACGGCCUUCAUGUUCCUCAGCUUCAUGAGCCUGUCGAACGGCGCGCUGACCGUUUUCUGGUGGCUGGUGGACCUGACGGCGGCGGGCGUGCUGGUGUCGUGGUCGGCGAUCCUGCUGAAUCACCUGCGCCUUAAGUCUGCGAUGAGGAAGCAGAACAUCUCCAUGGAGAGGCUGCCCUGGCACAACUCGUGGACAGUCUACACCUCGACGGUGGCGCUCCUCAUGUGCAUCACCAUCCUUCUCACCAGCGGUUUCGAGGUGUUUACCAAGGGCAACUGGAGCGCCAGCGGCUUCGUGUCUUCGUACCUUGACAUCCCCUUGGUCCUCGGCGCCUACCUCAUUUACAAGUUCGUCAAGAAGACCAAGAUCGUGCCUCUGGAGAGUAUCGCGCUGCACGAUGCCUUCGACCAGGCCGACGCGUACCCCGAGGAGCCCGAGGUCAAGAAGACGGGGCCCAUUCGCUUCGUCAGCUGGAUUUGGGAUUGA